AUGGGGGAGAUUAAUGCUGAGAUCGAGGUCAUCAACAUCGUAUCAGAUGAUGAUGACCUGGAAGUGACAGCCUAUCUGGGCGCAAGCACCAACUACAAUAGGAACUCGACCACUUUGAAACACGAAGAACGUACGAAUACCCCCAGCCGUGCACUAGUUCCUACCGCUACAAAACCAGAAGCUUUCGACACACCGUCUCGCAUAUUAUCGAGCACACCGGUCAAGAUCCAAGAAGAGAGCGACGAUGACUUCAAUGAUGGCGAGGCAGCAUAUAAAAAGUUCAAAGAGCGCAAGUCGCUCAAGCGCCGGCAGAGUGCGGCUGCCACUCGGAGAGCAAAGAUGCCAAAGAAAGAACACCGGGACCAGAAAAUGGUCGGUCUCGUCAAGCAAGAACGCACACCAGCACGGCCAAAGAGGCCCUUGAGAGACUACGGCGAGGUCUCAUCCGAGGAUGAGUUGAUGGAAUACACUCUUCCAAGCUAUCUGAAAAAGCGGAGGGCUCAUUUCGAUCGCGAGCAUGGUGACCUCAACGAGUACGGUCUUAGGCUGCCGCCUUCUUACGACGAUGUCGACUUCUCCGAUGAUGAGCGCCUUGAACAUCUGCAAGAAAGGCCAUCCUUCCCAGACAGAAAGCCCGCCAGAGAAUAUAAGGAUAUUACACUGCCGUAUUCUCUGGGUCUGAUUCCCGCUCCGAUUGCACAGUGGUUGCGCUCAUAUCAAGUUGAAGGAGUCGCUUUCAUGCACGAACUGUUCGUCUAUCAGAAGGGCGGUAUUCUCGGCGAUGACAUGGGUCUGGGAAAGACCAUCCAAGUGAUUGCUUUUCUGACUGCCGCCUACGGCAAGACUGGCGAUGAGCGAGAUUCGAAACGGAUGCGAAAAAUGCGGAGAUCAGGCGACAGGACAUGGUAUCCUCGCACGCUGAUUAUCUGCCCUGGAACGCUGAUCUCAAACUGGAUGUCUGAGCUUCAGCGCUGGGGUUGGUGGCAUGUAGACGUUUACCAUGGCAGCAACAAGGAUAUUGCCCUCCAUGCUGCCAAAUCAGGCCGCGUGGAGAUUUUGAUCACUACUUACACCACGUAUGUGAACAACAAGGGUUCUGUGAACAUGGUCGAAUGGGACUGUGUAAUCGCAGACGAAUGCCACAAGAUCAAGGAGCGAAAGUCCGAAACAACGCAAGGCAUGAACGAGAUCAAUGCACUCUGCCGAAUCGGCCUUACUGGCACGGCUAUUCAGAAUCGCUAUGAGGAGCUGUGGACUCUUUUGAAUUGGACAAACCCCGGCGUUGUUGGGCCAGUGACAACCUGGAAAGCGCAAAUCGCAGAGCCGUUGAAGAUUGGACAAUCACACGAUGCCACCUUAAACCAACUUAGCAAGGCUCGAAGAACAGCCAAAAAGCUCGUGGAAAACCUACUUCCGCAAUUCUUCCUACGUCGCAUGAAGACUUUGAUCGCGGAUCAGCUACCCAAAAAGAGUGAUAGGGUAGUCUUUUGUCCUCUGACAUGGACACAAGCAGAAGCCUACGAGAACUUUUUGGACAGCGAUAUAGUGACUACGAUCAGGUAUUCCACUGAACCUUGUGAUUGUGGCUCAGGAAAGAAAAGAGGAUGGUGUUGCCACAAGCUGGUCCCUGGCACGGACAAGACAUGGCAAUCAUACGUCUUCCCUGCUAUCGCGGUCCUUCAGAAGCUCAGCAACCAUCUAGCUAUCUUGAUUCCUCAAGGAAACGAUUCGAUUGAGAAACAGGAAAAGGAGAAAGAGAUGCUGCAAAUAGCAUUGCCCGAUCAAUGGGAAGACCUAUACCGUUCCCGAGACUCGAUCGUCAACUACGCAAACCCCGAGUUCUGCGGAAAGUGGAAAGUCUUGCGCAAGCUGCUUAGGUGGUGGCAUGCGAACGGCGAUAAGGUCCUUGUUUUCUCACAUAGUGUGCGCCUGUUGAAAAUGCUGCAAAUGUUGUUCAACCACACCAGCUACAACGUGAGCUACCUGGAUGGAUCCAUGAAGUACGAAGACCGUGCAAAGGCCGUGGACGAGUUCAACUCCGACCCUAAUCAAUUUGUCUUCCUCAUCUCCACCAAGGCUGGCGGCGUUGGAUUGAACAUUACAUCGGCCAACAAGGUUGUCGUCGUCGAUCCGAACUGGAAUCCGGCAUAUGAUCUACAAGCACAAGACCGAGCCUAUCGCAUCGGACAGGUUCGUGACGUGGAGGUCUUCCGACUUGUCUCUGUCGGUACUAUCGAGGAGAUUGUGUACGCCCGACAAAUCUACAAACAGCAGCAAGCCGAGAUCGGCUACACCGCCAGUUCCGAGCGCCGCUACUUCAAGGGUGUCCAAGAAAAGUCCGACCAAAAGGGCGAGAUCUUUGGUAUGCAGAAUCUCUUCGCCUAUCAGCAUGACAACGUCGUACUUCGCGACAUCGUCAACAAGACCAACGUUGCCGAAAGCCGGGCCGGCGUCCAAGUCAUGGACUUUGAGGUUAAAGAAGAUGACGACACAGACUUCACCGGCGAGAGAAGUGUCAAAGCCGAGGACGAAGCAAUGAGUCAAAUAGCAGCCAUGGUCCGCGGCGAGACCGACGCCGAAAGACCCAAGCCUGAAACCACGCCCAGCCAUGACCCGAUUCAAGCCAUUCUCGCCGGGGCCGGCGUGGAAUACACUCAUCUCAACAACGAAGUCAUCGGCUCAUCCCGCGUCGAAGAACGACUCAGCCGACGCGCAGAGCAAGUCACCAAUGAUCCCAACGCAGAUUUCCAGAUCUUCGAGGCUUCUCAGAACGCUGAUGGCGGCGAGGACCCCUUUGCGGAACCGCGACAUCAACCUGCGCCACCGUCUGUAUUCCGGGGUCCGGAGGGGCAAAUCGUUCGGUUCAAGUAUAACCCUCCUGAGGAUGUGAAGCGUCGGCAGUUCUGUAGCAUGGCGCGGCGGUUUGGGUAUGCAGACGCAACUGAGUUUGCGCUUGUGGUGGAGAAUAUGACGCAGGCUCAACGGAGAGAGUAUCUUGAUAAGUGGUAUCAGGAGCGGAGGAAUGUGGUGCUUUCCCAGGAGGAGAAGGUACUAAUCAAGGGUGAGAAAUGA